AUGGACGAACGAACCGCUGAGACUGUAAAACUUUUGCAUGGACACAGUGGGCCCAUUUACAGCCUGACUUUCAGUCCAGACCGCAAUUUGUUGCUUUCUUGCUCUGAUGACGCAACAAUACGAUUGUGGUCAUUACACACCUGGACAUGUGUAGUGUGUUACAAAGGACACCUCUUUCCCGUAUGGUCGGUACGGUUUUCACCCCAUGGAUAUUAUUUUGCCACUGGGUCAAAUGACAAAACCGCUAGGUUGUGGGUUGUCCAAUUUCAUCCAAAUUCAAAUUACGUCGCAAGUGGGUCCAGUGACAUGACUGUCAGAUUAUGGGACUGUGUAACGGGCGCCCAAGUCCGAUUAAUGACCGGUCAUAAGGCUCCGAUUUAUGCAUUAUCAUUUUCAACAGAAGGCCGUUUCUUGGCAUCGGCUGGUGCUGAUAGUCGUGUAUUAGUUUGGGAUUUAGCGCAUGGUCAUCUUGUUGGUGCUCUGUCUGGUCAUACAAGUACUAUUCAAUGCUUAUCAUUCAGUCGUGAUGGCACAAUAUUAACUUCUGCUUCAUUGGAUUGUACGAUUAGAUUAUGGGACUUUACAAAGCUAACUGAAGAAAUGGUCCUUGAUGAUGUCAAUGUCGCUCACAAUCCUGAUGUUAAAUCAACCUCAGAUUCAUAUUUACUAAGAACAUUCCCCACUAAAAAUUCGCCUGUUCUAGCUUUACACUUUACGAGGCGUAAUUUAUUACUUAGUGUUGGAAUGUUCGAAGCACAAAAAUUAUGAAAUGCUCAAAGCAUUGUACGAUUUUAAAGCAACUUUUGCCAAAACACUGAGCUUCCGUGAAAAUGAUCAUUUUAUAUUACAUCAAACUAAUACCAAACAACGAAAUUGGUGGCAAGUUGUUAACAAUACCGGUCAGCUGGGUUAUAUUCCAUCAAAUUAUGUAACUACGGUCAAGGUUCAACCCCAGUUCAUGAUAGACUUUUUGGAAGAAUGUAUCGACAAACUGCGCAGCGAAUUCGUAAAACCAGGAGCACCAUUACCGAUAGACAAGCAAGACUUAGUGCAGCGCCUCGUAGAAAAGAAACGACAAGCUGAAGUGAGUCGGAAGCCAAAAAAGCCAGCACCAUUGCCUCCAACUUUCAGCAGCACUUCCCCCAUAAAAGAAACCCCAGUAACCAUCACGCCAACCACGACCAUCACCACAACACCUUCAUCUUCCUCUUCAAAACCCGAGAACUCAACAACACCCAGCGCUUCGUACGCCAGUGCCAAGUCAUUUCUUCCCGAAGAGCUGCAGAAAAUUCCGGAUUUCAACCGUCGAAACUCGAAUUCCGAACGUCGAUCAUCUUUUCCUCGGCAGUUAUCUUCAGAACUUCGAGAGACUUUGCCGAGACCAGAGCACAGCGUUCCAAAGUCAAUAGAACCUCCAAGAGCAGAACCUCCUCGAGUUCCUGACUCGGAAAAGCCGAACCCGAAUCGUCAGACGCGAACUUCGCUGAAUAACACCAGCUUUGAAAUAGAUGCGCGUGCUGCUUACAAGUUAUUAGACGAAGUGAGAAAAAACACACAGCUGAGCUACGAAAUGUCCAAGUUAGCAGUUACUGUGGUGGUUUCUGGCCUCCAGCAACUUCUUCCUGGCUCAGUGUCUCAUUAUUUUGAUACCGUGCUGAGUCAGUUGCAUAUGCCGCUGUUAAACUCGAAGAUGCGAAUCGAGGACACCUACGACUCGACACGCCUCAAGAUUAUUUUUGAUGAACUGACUUCCUGCAAGGAAGACUCCCAGCAGCGAAGCUGGAUGCUUUACGAAGACGAGUCGAUAAUCGUUGAGUACAUAAAGGAGUUGACGUCCAUUCUAACCAACGCUGAUGCCAGUGUGUCAAGACAUGCCUUGAGACAGGAUCAGUACAACGGAAUCAUGACUCUGAUCGAGUACUACCAGAUGGAGGCCAGGUGGACUAUCAGGCAAUUGUUGCUCCAGUCUUUUGGAGUGAUGUGUAGUUUAGAUCCGGUGGUGGUGGGAAUCAUGCUGAACAGUAUUCUUCCUAUGGAACUCGCGAGGGACAUGACCAGCAAUCCCAGGAAUGUCCCCAAGUUAAACUACUCUUCGCUGCUGAUGACUAUGAUCUUCUCGAUGGCUGAACCCAUGCCUAUUACCCAUCUAGAGUAUUUAGGUGUUGAGUUCAUUGCAUUUUUGCUAGAUGGUAUCGAGGAUCCGCCUGAUACUGACCUGGAAGACCAGAUUCCUGAUUUGUUCACUAACCUGAUCCUCGCUUAUAAUUUGCAGUUUAAUUUUAAUGCGACAAGCAAUAGUAAUGCGAAUGUCAAUGAGAAUAUUUUCAUGAUGGCACUGAGAGAAAGGACUAAUGCGAAAAUUUUUACCCAGAAGAUACUGUUUUUGUUGAACCGUGAAGAGGAUCCAGUGAGGAUCUUUGAUCAUCAGCCGGCUCCGAUGCACUCGGUGUUGAAGCUGUUUAUUGAUAUUUUUUCCAUGGAGGUCACUGCGAAUUUGUUUUAUACUAAUGAUAUCAAGGUGUUGAUUGAUAUUGUGCUCAGACAGCUGUUUGACAUUCCACCAGGAGAUAAGCGACGACUUUACUUAGAACUAUGCAGACGUGUUUUACGAACGACAGGUUACGACGAUCAUCGACAUCGCUCAGAAGACCUGCUGAAAUGCUUCACCCGAAUAUUCUGCGAAGAAGGCCCUGAGAGUCAAGGUGAUCAGAAACUAAUACGUGAAAUUAGUAAUGAAUUUCCUAGUCUAUUUAAAAUGUGA